AUGGUCUCUGAAGCUCUGCUACAAAUCGGGUACCGCUGGCUGGACCGCGGGUUGGUUCCCGACUUCAUCAUUCGACGUGUAAUUCGCGCCCUCUUGCGCCAGCGUUUGCGCGAAAUCGACCAUGGCUCGUUUGAGGCCAACUUUGCCGCCAAAAUGAAGUGGAUCGAGGAUGUUCGUUCGAGGGAAGCCAUUGCAGAGCUCACCGAGAAGGCCAACGAGCAGCACUACGAGGUCCCCACAAAAUUCAUCCUCUCCACAUUGGGUCCAUGCGCAAAAUACUCUUCUUGCCUGUACCCGACUGGCAAAGAAACCCUAGCAGAAGCCGAGAUUCUCAUGCUCGAAAGCUACUGUCAAAAGGCUCAACUUCAGGAUGGGCAGGACGUGCUUGAUCUCGGCUGUGGUUGGGGCAGCGUUUCGCUCUUUCUCGCUAAAAAGUACCCGAAUUCACGCAUUGUCGGCCUUUCGAACUCUUCAACGCAGAAGGCCUAUAUAGAUGCAACGGCCAAGGAGCGUGGUCAUACUAACUUGGAGAUAAUCACUGCAGACGUGAACCAUUUCGACUUUUCUGGCUCCAGACAGUUCGACCGAAUCAUUUCCAUCGAGAUGUUCGAGCACAUGAAGAACUUCCAGACACUCUUCUCCAAAGUCUCCACCUGGCUGCGUCCCAAAACCAACCCGCAGGAUGCCGAUUCGCUGCUCUUCGUCCACAUAUUUUGCCACUGCACAACACCGUAUCAUUUCGAACAAGACGAUGGCUGGAUGGCACAGAAUUUUUUCUCUGGCGGGACAAUGAUGUCGCACGACCUCUUUGCUUAUUUCCAAAAUGACCUUACACUUCUACAAAGCUGGUACAUCUCCGGGACGAACUACUCGCGUACACUGGAGGACUGGCUAAAACUACAAGAUCGCAAUACCAAAGUCGGCAUGAAAGAACUCCAGGAAGACGCGAAGGCGAACGGCCGCAGCGAGGCGGAUGCCGUCGCCACGUUUCAUCGGUUCCGCGUAUUCUACAUGGCGUGCUCGGAACUGUUCAAUAUGGAUGGCGGUCAGCAAUGGGGUGUCGGGCACUACUUGUUCAAGAGAGCCACUUAG